AUGGACAAGGAAGGUCCGCCGGCAAAGGAGCGCCCAGGGCCGACGCGGCGGCGGAGACCGGCCCUCGCUUGCGAAGCUUGUCGCGCGCGCAAGAUCAAGUGUGACCGCAACACUCCGUGCAACAAGUGCAUCCGCGGCAAGAGGGCACGCACUUGCACAUACGUGCCAGAUGGCGCCACGCCCGUCCCCAGAGCGAGCUCGGAUCGCCUGCCAACUCCGCUGUCCGCAGAUGGCCUCGCGACUCAGGCAACCCAGCAGGCUCCUGCAGAAUCGGCUUCGGUGAAAGCGGCUCCUGCUGAGCUCCUUCCCACCUCGCAGCCGAACGAACAGUCGAAUUUGCCCACAAAGGCCACCCGUGACAAGGGCAAGCUGUUUGGUGCUUCUCACUGGACAAACACGCUCGAGAAUCUCCCGAAAAUGCUUCGGUUUGAUGAGCUGGACCCAGCUCGCCAUCCUCAGAUCAAGGCUCUUCUACUCGAGUGCAAGCAGCACGCUCGUAAGGCCAAGAGACACCCUGCCUCUGCUGAACCUACCGUCUCCGACUUGCGCGACAAGAUGCCUCCGCGCCCAGUUGCCGAUCAGCUGAUGCAGCAAUAUCUCGAAACCUUCGAGACCGUCUACCGCAUCCACCACGUUCCCUCGUUCAGGCAGGAGUACGAGCAGUAUUGGUCGUCGCCCGAGUCGGCAUCUGACACUUCUGUCGUCAAACUCUUGCUCGUACUUGCGCUUGGCACUUGCUUCAACGACGACGAUGGAACCUGGUAUUGUGCCUCGAUGCAAUGGGUCAUCGCAGCACAUACUUGGGCUUCCUCUCCUUUCGCCAAAAAUAGACGCAUCACCCUUGUUGGCGUUCAGAUCCACUGUCUGCUCAUGCUUGCGCGCCAGACGCAUGCUGUUGGUGGCGACUUUGUUUGGGUAUCGGCCGGUUCUCUUCUUCGCACAGCCAUGCAGAUCGGACUAAACCGCGACCCUGUUCACCUCCAGAUCUCGUCUCCUGUUGAGGCCGAGGUGCGGAGAAGGGUGUGGGCAACCACGACAGAGCUGCUCGUUCAGGCAAGCAUCGAUGCCGGCCAGCCGCCCCUAUUCUCCAUCGACGACUUUGACUGCAAGCCCCCAUCAGACACGUACGGAUUCGACAUGCAUUCUCGCGACCACAUCCAAUCCGCAGAAACCCCAAUCUCUGCCCAGAACAUUCUUGCAGAGAGCCUGCCAGUGCGCUUGCAGAUUGCGAAGUUUCUGAACCAUUUCCGCUCCGACCUGUCGUACUCCACAGCUCUUGACCUCAACGCCCAGCUUACCAAGCACAUUCGCACCCGCCUCGCGUCUUUCAACCCUUCUUCAGAGCGCGAGCUCUUCCAAUGUAAAAUGGUCGAGUUCUUGACCUACCGCUUCCUGAUUGCAUUGCACCAAGCUUUCGCCGCAAAAGCCAAGGCUUCUCCCUCAUACUACUUCUCCCGCAAGAUGUGUUUGGACGCUUGUCUGCUCAUCCUUAAUAUCAACCAUCCCGAUCCUGGAUCCACCCUCUACAAAAAGCUCGUGGCUCUCGGAAAUGGGAUGCUGCACACGACCUUUCUUCAAUCCGCCGGCUUUGUUGUCCUGGAGCUCAUGUGGCAGCAAGACGACUCGUCCAAUUUCUCAUCCCUUGUCACCGAAUCAAGUUUGACCGCGCGCAGGGAGCAGCUCGCGGCCAUCCGCCUUUAUUCCACGGUAUUGCGCGAAAGGCUGCGCAAAGGGCAGAGUAACUUCAAAGCCUAUGUCUUCCUCGCCGCCGCUAUUGUUCAACUUGAGGAUGUCAAUGGGAAGAAGCCUGAUGAGAACGUGUUGAUAUCGCGUGUGGAGGAACUACUUCAGGACUGCUCGGAAAUCCUUGCUCAAGCUGCAACGUGGAAAUCAGACUUCUCGAACGACACGCCAAGUACACACACGAGCGAGCUGGGGGACUUGGGGUUCGAUAUAGGGAAUUUUCCAUUCGAUUGGGAACUCUCGAACGUGAUGCCACUGUCCAACACAUUGUUCCCCGAAUCAAUCUACUGGCCAGUCCAAGAAUGA